AUGCUCGCUGAGCACUGCCAGAAAGUGAAAUGGCACAAGCCGGAGUAUACCAUGUCCCACAACGCCGCGGACUUCUCUUCGAUGGUCAUCUUGAAGAGUACGAACCCAAAGACAAGAGAGACUGUCACUCUCCCACCCUUCAAGUUGCCGCCAGACUCGAAGCACCUGGCACUCCAGCCAUCCGCUGUAGAGGCAAGGCACUUCGCAGCUACUUAUGCACUUUUUCGGGUCAGCAGUAUGAAGAAUAUCCACAUGAUGUUGCCUCCAACCUAUCGAGAUCUUUGGAAGAAAGAGUUCCAUGAAUUGAAGUCUGCAGAUCUUAAAGACGGCAAGGGCUGGAUGUAUGAGGCAGACCCUUUCGCAGCGAAGCUUGAAAGAGAGGAGGCGCAAGCGGCUACCGCGAAGAAGAGGGACGAAAGGGAGAAAAAGCGAGCGAAAGAGGCAGACAAUCCCAUAGUAUCGCUUGCUCCUGGCUCAAGCACUACAGGUAGCUCGAAGGGCAAUCUCAUGAAGGGGUGGACAAAAGCUCCGAAAGUCGAGAUGGGCAAGCGUACGAGAGCGGACAUGGAGACUACCGUACGCAAGGGUGUGGUCUGGAAUCCACUUGACAUAAGAAUGUCCAAGCAACAGCGAGAUAAUGUUAUCGAUGAGCUCUCCAAGCUUGGCUUCAGGAGAAGUCACGCCGAAGAGGCUGUUGAAGAAUGCAAGGAUCGUGAAGAGACCUUGGAAUGGCUGCUGAUCCAUGUGCCAGAGGACGAUCUGCCCAAGUGGGCUUUGCCCGAAGGCUACUCAGCAGGCUUGAGUAUCGCGAGUAGCGACAUGAAGAAAGAGGCUGCUAUCAAAAGACUUGCUGAAGGAGGCUACUCUGGCGAAAUGUGCGCAGUAUCACUCACGAAAUGUCAAGGGGAUGAGAACAUGGCUGCAGAAGUAUUACAAUCUAGUCUUGUUUAUCAAGAGCAGGCAGAUGGUGCUGAGGUUCCUAACAUUGCAGAUAUUACCUUGAAUGAUGAUGCAAGAGACAAUGUCUGGCAUGAGGAGAUUGCGACCUUGGAAGCGAUUUAUGGAUCUCGCUUCCAGUACAUUUUACAGGCAUAUGUAGAGAUUCAAAUGGAGUUUGUGUCUCAAGAUAUGCAUGCUAAAUUACGCGUGAGACCGGCAGCCCAUUACCCACAACGAGCUCCCGUCUUAGCGAUCGUGGCUCAUGGUAUGCCAUCAUACAUUCGACUCAGUAUAACAAGACAAGUUCUAGAGUAUGCAAACUCGAACCUCCUAGGGGAACCUAUGAUAUUUGGUAUAUGUGACUGGCUGGAGGCUGAAAUUCCAAACAUUGUGGAGAAUCCAGGCAAAUUGAAGUCAGUAUCUGCCGCUAUAUCAGGUUCAACGGAGAUUACUUCAACAGACAAGAGACAGACACAGACAAGAGUCCGUCAUGCCCCACGCCCCAUUGAUUGGAGGCCAAGAGAUCCUCGGAGCAGUGAGAUGCUUCAGAGAUUGCAACUUCGUCAGGCAACCCCUCAACAACAAAAAAUGCUCGCCGUCAGACGGUCAUUACCGGCGUGGAAGAAGAGAGAAGCCAUUGUCAGUACCGUCAAUACUCAUCAAGUGACUAUUAUAGCAGGAGAGACAGGCAGUGGGAAGUCCACCCAAUCAGUACAAUUCAUUCUUGAUGAGAUGAUCUCGAGACAUUUGGGCUCGGCGGCCAAUCUAAUAUGCACUCAACCACGACGCAUAUCAGCCUUAGGCCUUGCCGAUCGAGUCAGUGCUGAACGCUGCUCUUCAGUAGGUGACGAGGUGGGCUACGCUAUCCGAGGGGAAGCAAAGCAGUCCAAGAAUACUAAGGUCACGUUCGUGACGACAGGUGUUCUAUUGAGGAGAUUGCAGACCUCCGGUGGGAGCAAGGAAGAUUUAGUCGCGGCGCUUGCGGACGUCAGUCAUGUUGUUGUAGACGAAGUGCACGAGCGCAGCCUUGACACCGAUUUCUUGCUUGUUUUGCUCAAGGACAUUCUCGCCAGACGCAGUGAUUUGAAACUAGUACUCAUGAGCGCAACCCUGGAUGCCUCUAUAUUCAGCGAGUAUUUCGAUGGUGAGGUAGGCCUUGUCGAGAUCGAAGGGCGUACUUACCCCGUCGAGGACAAUUAUCUAGACGAUAUUGUCAGUUUCACGGGAUUUACUCCGGCGAAGGGUGGCAACAGAGGCGACGACCCGAUUCAGGAUGCCAACGCGAGCGUUCCCAAGACAAUACAGAGCCUUGGAAUGGGCAUCAACUACGACCUCAUCAAGUCAUUAGUUGAGACUAUUGAUCUUGAUCUUGGAUCGGUAGUCGAAGGCGGAGUCCUCAUCUUCCUGCCUGGGACGUUUGAAAUCAAUCGAACUCUACAAGUCCUUCAGUCUUUACAUCAGAUUCAUGCCCUACCUUUACACGCUUCUCUGACUCCCGCGGAGCAGCGGCGAGUUUUUCCACCCGCACCAAAGGGUAAACGCAAAGUCAUCGCUGCCACUAACGUCGCAGAAACGUCCAUUACCAUUGAAGAUAUUGUCGCCGUAAUCGAUACCGGAAAGGUAAAAGAGACAAGCUUUGAUCCUCAGAAUAACAUGGUCAAACUCCAAGAGGUGUGGGCUUCUCGCGCGGCAUGUAAGCAGCGUAGAGGCCGAGCUGGCCGUGUCCGCGAGGGACAAUGCUACAAGCUCUACACGAAGAACGCUGAGGCCAAGAUGGCUGAGAGACCAGAGCCUGAGAUUCGACGUGUUCCACUGGAGCAGCUGUGUCUAUCAGUACGAGGAAUGGGGAUCGUCGACGUUCCGAGCUUCCUUGCCAGCGCUCUGACACCGCCAGAAACUACGGCCGUCGAAGGUGCCAUGGUUUUGCUGGCACGUAUGGGUGCGCUCGAUGGCGAUCAAUUGACAGCCCUUGGCCGUCACAUCUCUCUGAUUCCGGCCGAUCUCCGCUGCGGUAAAUUGAUUGUCUACGGCUCUACAUUUGGCUGCCUGGACUCCUGCCUCACAAUCGCCGCCAUCCUCUCCUCCCGCUCUCCCUUCCUCUCGCCACAAGACAAACGCGAAGAGUCCAAAGCCGCUCGCACAGCCUUCGCACCCGGCCAAGGCGACCUCGUCUGCGAUCUACGUGCUCACGAAGAAUGGAACACUCUCAAAUCCACCUCAUCAUACAGAGACACCCGCGCUUUUUGCGACACCCACUUCCUAUCGCAGCAAACCCUCACCGACAUCUCAUCCACACGUUCACAACUCCUCUCGUCACUCUCCGAAACCGGACUCCUCCCUUCUCGAUCGCCACCCUCAGCUCAAGGCCGUGGUGGAGACCAAAACACCAACAUCCCCCUCGUUCGCGCCCUAAUAGCCGCCUCCUUCACCCCCAGCAUCGCCACAAUCUCCUUCCCAGACAAGAAAUACGCGCCCUCUGUCUCCGGCGCCGUAGAACUCGAUCCCGAAGCUCGAACGAUAAAAUACUUUACCCAAUUCACCUCCAACGGCCCCAUCACCCCCACUCCUACCCCCAACCCCUCUCCCGUUCCCUCUCCAAUUAACGACCGCAUAUUCAUCCACCCCUCCUCAACCCUCUUCACCACCCCCUCCUUCCCCUCCUCAACGCACUACCUCACCUAUUUCUCCAAACUCCACACCAACAAACCCUACAUCCGAGACAUCACGCCCUUCAACGUCUUCACUCUACUCCUAUUCUGCGGAAAACUGGAGCUCGAUCCGCUGGGGCGCGGCGUACUGGUUGAUGGCUGGAUUCGGGUGAGGGGGUGGGCGAGAUUGGUGGCGCUCGUGGGGAGGGUGAGAGGGAUGUUGGAUGAGGUUUUAGGGAGGCGGUUUGAGGGGUUGGCUGGGGAUAUGGGGAGGGACGAGGAGGUGGUGGGGGUGGUGAGGAGGCUGGUGGAAUUUGAUGGGCUUGAUGCUUGA